AUGAUGCAGCAUUUAGACAUGGCUCUACUGUCGGCAUUUGUGGAGAGGUGGCAGCCGGACACAAACACCUUCCACAUGCCGUUUGGAGAGAUUUCGAUCCUUCUACACGAUGUGCAUCACAUUCUUCGGAUACCGGUUGACGGAGAGCUGAUGGGAGAUGAGGCGUCGCAGGAUACUCUUAAGUCAGACAUGGGUGGUCUAGUUCGACUUUCGGUGGAUGCUCAGGUUGGUGGUAAGUGGAAGUCGAAGUGGUACGAUAAUGGUGCUAUGCAUGCAGAGGGAUUGUUGGUGCGUGGGGGAGAGCUGAAGAUUAAGGAGAUGGAGGUGCAGUGUUACCUAUUUGUGUUGCUGGGAUCCACGCUUUUUGUGGAUAAGAGUCGUGAUCGCCUUCGUCCUGCGAUCAACUUGUUUCUGAAGGAUCAUCGACGAUUGGCUGAUUACGCUUGGGGAGCUGGUGCACUAGCCUAUCUCUACAGACAGUUGGGAGUGGCCACACGAGCGGGUAGUAAGGGUCUUUGUGGUUGUUUGACCCUGCUUCAGGCUUGGAUAUAUGAGUACUUUCCUCUUUUCCGUCCGAGCCAGCUGCCACAGUCUCCGGAUGCACCUCGUGCUUCCUCGUGGAUUUCUCCCCGUUUGCCAGGUGGGGAUGAGGCUAGACAGAGGUUAGUACGUUAUCCCUCACCAAGUACCUUCAUUCGUAUUUUUUUUGUUCGAUGCCCUCACCAAAUAAAACCCAAAACCCUUUGCAAUCUCAAUGGCUGCUUCAUAUGCUUGCAACUCCGUAGUGUAUUUCACGCCAUCAAUGAAAUCCGAGGUGUAAUCAUGGCCAUCCGGAUUGUAACUUCCAAUAUCCUGCAAUGUUAUCAGUAUUAA